AUGGGAAGCCAAAUGAAGAAACUAUUUGCUUGUGCUUUGGCAUUUUUCUUGAUUGCCACAUGCACUAUGGCAUAUUCACCAUAUUCUUAUGAAUCAUCAGAUUCAACAUACAAUAAAGUACCAACCACAAUAGUCAAAAGUGAAAAUUUCAAGGCACCCUCAGUGCUUGAAAAUGAAUAUAAGACAUCAAUUUUGCCGAAGAAUGACUACAUCAAGAAGUCAUCAGUUUCAGAAGAUAACUAUAAGAAAGUAACAACAGUUCCUGAACAAGAAUACAAGGUGCCCUCAAUGCCUAAACAAGAAUACGAGUUGCCAUCUUUGCCUAAGAACGACUACUUCAAGAAGCCAUCAAUUCCAGAAGAUAACUACAAGAAGGUGUCAUACGUUCCAGAGGCAGAAUACAAGGAGUCAUUUUUGCCAAAAUUUGACUUCUUUAAGAAGCCAUCAGUUUCAGAAGAAAGCUACAAAAAGGUGUCAUAUGUUCCAAAGGUUGCCUCAGUGCCUAAAGAAGAAUACAAGGUGUCUUCUUUUCCAAAGAAUGACUACUUUGAGAAGCCAUCAGUUCCAGAAGACAACUACAAGAAGUCGUCAUAUGUUUCAGAGGUACCCUCGAUGGCUAAACCAGAAUAUAAGGAGUCAUUUUUGUCAAAAUUUGACUACUUUAAGAAGCCAUCAGUUCUAGAAGACAACUACAAGAAGACGUCGUAUGCUCCAGAGGUACCAUCGAUGGCUAAGCCAGAAUAUAAAGAGUCAUUUUUGCCAAAAUUUGACUACUUUAAGAAGUCAUCAGUUCCAGAAGACAACUACAAUAAGAAGGAGUCAUAUGCUCCAAAGGUACCCUCGGUGCCUAAAGAAGAAUACAAGGUGUCUUCUUUGUCAAAGACUGACUACUACAAGAAGCCACUAGUUCCAGAAGACAACUACAAGAAGGUGUCAUAUGUUCCAAAGGUGCCCUCAGUGCCUAAGGAAGAAUACAAGGUGCCUGUUUUGCCUAAGAAUGACUACUACAAGAAGCCAUCUGUUCCAGAAGAUAACUACAAACAGGUUCCUUCAGUACCUAAAUCAGAAUAUAAGGUGUCGUCUUUGCCAAAAAGUGACUACUUCAAGAAACCAUCACCUUCUCCAUCACCACCACCUCCGUAUUAUUAA